UUGUGGACCGCCCCCAGGCAGGAGUAUCUGCCUCCAGCAUAUCUGCCUAGGUACCCGCCCCCGCCAGGACAUAACUCCGACGCCAUCAAGUUCGGAGUCAACAGACUGAUGGAGAAGUCAGACGACGAGGAAGAAGACGAAGACAUCUCCAACAACAAUAACAACGACCAAAUGAAAAACAUCAACAGGGUGCGAAGUGACGUCACUACGAUGACUGACGAAUCCACGCGGAGACCUGACCCUUGGAGGUCAUCAAGGUCACGAUCGAGGUCAAGGUCGAGGUCAAGAUCGAGAACUAGAUCGACCUCACCAGAGUUGGAAGUCGACAGUCCGCCGAGAACUCCGCCCCUAGAAAUGACGAUGCGGACAGCUUCGCCGAGCUCCAAGUCGAAAAAGGCAGAAGCAUUUAGUGUCAACGCUCUCUUGAGGCCUGAUUACCCUCGCAUAAGGAAAGACCCGAAUUUUCAACCGUUUUCUGAAACAAUCUCUGUGACGCGUUCUUUCUUCUAUCCUGGACUUCCGUUUUCCGACUUGUUGCUAAGGGACGGGAAGGAUCCGGGAAAUUCUGCAUUUCUGCCGCGUCAUUUUCUAUCACCUCCUGGGUUCCCGUUGGGUUCCUCGCUGUACCCAGCACCGAAGGAUGGUGAAGUAGAUACCAACAAGAAUCUCCUGACGGGGUCGCUUUACCUGAGCCUCGGCGCGGUCCAUGCGGCGGCUGCUGCAGCAAUGGCCAACUCUUCUGCUCCUCAAGGAGCCCCCAACCCCGGAGGUUUGUUCCCCGGGAUUCCUCCUCAGCCACCGACUCCCGAAGACCUGUUCCGCCUGCGCCAUCAGUUGUUGACUUCUGGGGGUAAUGAUCCUCACCAUCACCACCUACUGCUGCGAGGAGGAGACGUCUACAGCUGUGUCAAGUGUGACAAGAUGUUCCCCACACCUCACGGACUGGAGGUUCACUCGCGGAGAUCUCACAACGGCAAACGUCCAUUCGCUUGUGAACUGUGCAACAAGACAUUCGGGGCCGAGGUGUCGCUCAGUCAGCACAGAUCGGUACACAGUGUGGAGAAGGUGUUUGAGUGCAAACAAUGUGGCAAGACAUUCAAGAGGUCGUCUACAUUGUCUACACAUCUGCUGAUACACUCGGAUACGCGGCCCUACCCUUGUCAGUUCUGUGGGAAGAGGUUCCACCAGAAGUCCGACAUGAAGAAACACACCUACAUACACACAGGCGAAAAGCCCCACAAGUGUCAGGUUUGUGGCAAAGCGUUCAGCCAAUCGUCCAACCUUAUUACCCACAGUCGCAAACACACCGGGUUCAAACCUUUCGCUUGCGACUUGUGCGGCAGAGCCUUCCAGCGCAAAGUAGACCUUCGGCGGCACAAGGAGACUCAACAUACAGAGAUGAGGCCUUCGCUGGACCCUCCGCGGGCACCACUCAACCCCCAGGACUCUCAAUGCCGUUACCUAUCGGAAUGUCCUCCAACAUAGAACGAGGCACCACAGGGACCGUCCUGUCUGCG